AUGGUGACCUUCAACGAGAUGGACCGCCACGUGGCUGCAACGCUGGGCUCCAGCGUAGCGAGGACUGUUGAACUGAAGGAGGCAGGCGGCCCGGUGCCAGGUAAUAAACCCGAGGAAGCAGCCUCUGCGAACCCACAUGCCCAGGAGGCCUGCUGCAAGCUCCCUUCAUCUCAAGAACCGAGGGACCCCUCAGACUGUUCCCGUAAGGAUGCCAAUCCGAUGCUUCUGCAGGCUGCCCGGACAGGCCCUCAGGAGGGUGCUGCUCCCGGGAAGGCCGGGAUCAAGGCUCUGGUUGCAUCUGCAGAGGACAUGCUGAGCCUGUCCCCGAGUGUGUGCACGCCCCACCUGGGGGCCACGUGUGCAUGGCCCCAAGCCAGUGACUACUGUAGUCAGAAGAUUUUUGCCGGUACCCGCAAAGUUAAAUCUCAUCGCCCAGCAAGAUCCCAGGGUACCGUGGGCACAGGAUGGGCUGAGAAGGACCACUGUGACAGCUGCUGGGCUCCCUCCUCGGUGGCCAAGCACGGCCGCAGGAGUCCUGACCCAGACUCACUACCCCUGCAGGCUCCAGAGACCACUCGUUUCCUCUGCUUUACUUUGGGGGCGAGGUACUGUGACUGCUUUGCCAGUGGUGACUUCUGCAACAACUGCAAUUGCAAUAAUUGUUGCAACAAUUUACGUCAUGAAAUCGAACGGUUUAGGGCCAUCAAGGCAUGUCUUGAUAGAAAUCCAGAUGCCUUCCAACCCAAAAUUGGGAGACCGGGUGACGUCAAGCCUCGACAUACCAAAGGCUGUAACUGCAAGAGGUCGGGCUGCCUGAAGAACUACUGUGAGUGCUACGGGGCCAAAAUCAUGUGCUCCUCUAUCUGCAAAUGCAUUGGCUGCAAAAACUACGAAGAGAGCCCAGAGAGGAAAACGCUGCCGAGCCUGGCGAGCGCCGCGGGGACCGUGGGCCUGGAGGGCGGCCUUCCCUUAGCGCCCAGCAAGGCCUCCGGAGCCAGCGGCCCUGGCGCUGACCUUUCCCGUCUCUGCAGGCCCUUCACGUGCAUCUCCUGGGAGGUGGUGGAGGCCACCUGCGCCUGCCUGCUGGCCCAGGGGGAGGAGGCCGAGAAGGAGCACUGCUCGGAGGGGCUGGCCGAGCAGAGGGUUCUGGAGGAGUUUGGAAGGUGCCUGUCGCAGAUCCUCCGCACUGAGUUCAAGUCCAAGGGGCUGAAGAUUGAGUAG